AUGUCAUUCAGCAAGCUCCUCGCGGCCUUGCUGGCUCUAGAGGGUGCAAUUCUCACUCUCGCACAGUCCAAUAUCACCGCCGACGUCUGUGCAGACCCGGCCGCCUUCACCAGCUGCACAGCAAAGGCCGUCACAGACAGCAAACAGUGUAUAGAUGUGUGCGAUGGAAACAAGAUCUGUGUCCUGGCGUGCGGCUGCGUCAUGUACCAGUCCUUCAUGAACUGCGUGGCCGAGUCAUGUUGGAACCAGGCAUACUCCUGCGAAUACGGAAAGCUGGUGGCAGCAUACUUUGCCCAGUGUCCCACCGCCUCCGAGCCGAUUCCAUUCUGGCCUGCGCCGGAUAAUGCUCCCACGGGGUGUUCCUGCAACCUGGGAAAGGUGCUGCGGUCGGUGAUCAAGGCGCAGAUGGAGCACAACGCGUGCAUCACGGAUAGUAGCUCUAUGUCGGUGAUUGAGCUCGCCAAUAAGGACACCGCCUGUGAAUGCUGUGAGGUUAGCGCGGGCUUAUCGGCGAUGUACGAAACAUGCCCCGAUACGAUACCCGCAGAUAUGGGCGCGGACCAGUGGCUCACCGCGUCCACACUGUACGGUACAACGAUAAAGUGGGACUCCUGCGGGAGCGUACUGGGACGAUAUGAUUGCACGAAGCUGAAAUUUGCAGCUCCGUCGACAAACUCCAGCACGUUCUACGGACCAGACAACCUCCCACCGAAUGGGACUCAGCCGCUGUAUAACACCGGCGCAGCAGAUGCGAUGACUGCUCCGCCGAGUGGGUCGGUGAUGACCUGGUCGCAGACAAGUAUCACGUACAUUGUGACGACAUCGCCUUGGAAGAAUGACCAUGUUAAGGCGACGGGGACUGGGACUGGGACUGGGGCAGCUGGCACGGCUGGUACCGCUGCUAAGGCUUCUGAGACUGGAGCGGCUAUGGCUUCGAGACAGUCGAGCUCUGUGGCUUGGCUCCCUUUGGUUGUUGUAAUUGGCAAGGUGUUGUGGGGUUCCUAG